UUGACUCUGAGAUCGAUGCAUUGUCCUCUCGCCGUGACGUCCAUCGCUUUCAAUAUGGCGGUGGCGGUGGUUGUGGUAUCAGGAACGGAGGCAGCUUUCGGAAGAAACUUCCGGAGAGCGGCUUGGAGUUGAGUACUGCCUACGCGAGGCUGAUGGAUGGGUCGCGACCUGAGCAAAUAAGCGGCGCCCCAGGCGGAACUCAGCCGACCGGCACGCGGCUUAAUGGCGACCCGAGCGAUGCCCCGGCUUCCUCUCCGUCCCGGAAGGUUCGACUCCAGGAGCGGGGGGCAGGAACGUGUAGAAACCCACCUAGGAUACUGGAAGGAAGAAUUUGCACAGACUUCAUGACCCCUGCUGGACAGUGUGUCGACAAUUGUGAAAUUGUGAAUUUUCAAAACUUUGACGUAAAGGCAAUGUGGUCUUUAUCUGUACCAAAAUACAAGCACAAUUUGCACUGCUCUAGGUAUGAAGACAGUAAUAGCCUUAAUUCUGAAGACUCUGGCAUUCCCACACUAGAAAUUGGAAAUCCAGAGCCCAUCCAUUGUGGUGUAUUGAAUGUUAGAACAAACCAUGCUGAUUCAUCCCAGACAACUGGAUUGGCGCCUGAUAAACUUGGACAAGGUUCAGGUAGUCUCCCACCUGGCAUGUGUUCACCGGCUGUACGUCUUGAGACUGACAGUGCAUUGCGAAAAUCUUCAACAUUUCCUCGAUCUGGUUAUGAUAAUGUGAAGCUUUACAGUCCAUCAAGCAGAGGAGCAAACAAGGCUGAUGAGAUAUCUGUAAGCAGUAUUUCAAGCUUGAGCACGGAACUGUCCACAACUCUGUCUGUUAGCAAUGAGGAUAUUCUAGAUAGUUUGGUUACCAGUGACUCCAGUGCAAUUGUAAAUCUGGAAACUGAUGAGGCACAGUUCACUGACAUCAGUUUAAAUUCUUCCAGAGACAGCUACAAUCAAGCUGACAGUCCUUUGGAACAAGAGACCAAAUAUAAAAGACUAGGCACACUAGCCAACUUUUUUACCAGGAGUUUGUUUACAAAGAAGCUUAAAGAUCCUGUACCAUUAGAGCAGAAUGUUCAAGGAUGGAAAUUAUUUGGGAGGAUGCCUGCCAAGGAAAGCCCUCUUAAAGAGUCCAAGAAGGUUCAACAGGAAUAUGAAGAAAGAUCUGGGAGAGCCCAGAAGUCCCCCUCUCCUAAUCAGAGAUUGAGGAAAAACCUAGACUUCGAACCUCUCUCCACAACAGCACUUAUCCUUGAGGAUAGGCCAGCGAAUCUCCCUGCAAAACCUGCAGAAGAAGCUCAGAAACACAGACAACAAUAUGAGGAGAUGGUGGCUCAAGUGAAAAAACGAGAGCAAAAGGAUGCUCAGAGACGGAGGAAGCUACUGGAAGAUCGGUGUAAACUUGAAGAAACAAUUGGGAAUGCUGUUGUUACCUGGAACCAUGAAAUCCUACCCAACUGGGACGCUAUGCGUCAUUCUCGUAAAGUUCGUGAUCUCUGGUGGCAAGGUAUUCCUCCAAGCGUAAGAGGAAAGGUAUGGAGCUUGGCAAUAGGCAACGAGUUAAACAUUACUCAUGAACUGUAUGAUAUUUGCUUAACUCGGGCUAAAGACAAAUGUAGAUCUCUCAGUACAGCACACUCUGAUGUUGACAGUGAAGGUACUUGUUUUGAAAGUUUAACUGGUGCUUCUGGAGGGUUUUGA